AUGCGCGCCAAAUUCGAAUUCAUCCCAUUCGAUGACCUCGGAGGAGAGCAACGAGAAGUUAGCGGCGAAAUACGAAGUACGACGACUAUGUGCGAAUGUGAGAGGAGACCACCAGAUCGCCUUGUUGAACGAAUUCUGAGGAGUUUGUCGGGUUCGAGCUGGAAGAAGCCACCUGGCCGAAAACGGAAGUUCUGGACUGACGUGGUGAAAGAGGACCUGACGACACUCGGCGUGGAUACGCAAUUCAUGGCAGAUGUAAAGUUUCGCAGCAUAUCGAAUAGCGACGAAUGGAUUGCUUCCGGGCAUUCUCUCGCAGAAGAUCGAGAAGGUUGGGCAGAGCUAUGUUCAAGGACAACGCACCUCGGCGAAGAUGCGGGUAUUCUUCUCAGGCGAAAAUAUUAG